AUGUAUAUUAAAUUUUAUCUUUACGAUGAUGAAGAAGAAAAAGGAAAUAUAGCUAGUAACUUUAAUAUAUAUUGUUCUAAUGAUUUAUUAAAAGAAUUAAAAUUAAAUAUAGAUGAUAAUGCAGUAAUACGUCAUAAAUUAAAAGAUAAUGAAGAUAAAUCAUUUUGUGUUUGUUGUUGUUUCAAGAAUUACAAUGAAUUAAAUUUAAAAAAAAAAUUAGACUGUUAUAGUGUUUAUACUAAUUCCUUUGUUUUAAAAAGUUUAAAUGUUAAUUUAAAAAAUGAAAAUAAUAAUGGAAAACCAUAUAAUAUAAAAGUAGAAAUAAUAAAAGCGGAAGUUUAUGUUCCAAUUAAAGAAAUAAAAUUAAUUAUAAAAGAAAUAUUUAAUGAACCAUAUGAAAAUUUAAAAGAAUAUUAUAUUGAUUACACUAAUGAUAUAUUACAAUCCUUUUGGAAAAAUAUAAAAAGUAAAAAUAUAGAUAAAUAUAUUAAUCUUUCUUUAUUAAAUACCUGCUUAUUUCAAUGUAAUGUUAUUAAACUUUGUGUAAUAGGUGUUCAUACCUAUUUAUAUGUUAAAGAUGUAAUAUUUCAAUUUAAAAAUAAAAAAAGUAGCCAGAAGAAUUCUCAUUUGGAUAACAAUUUUUAUGUACCUUAUAUAAAUCAAAAUACUAAAAUUGUAAUUGAAAAGAUAGAUGAUAAUGAAAAUGAAGAAAGUGUUAGUGAACAAAAAUAUGAUGAGAAUGUAAAAGAAAAUGAGAAUCAAAAGGAAAAUAAAAAGGAAAACAUGAAAAAUGGAAGAAAGGAAAAGAUUAAUAUAUCAGAAUGUGAAAAUAGAAAAAAAAAUCAAAUGAACAAUUAUUUAAAAAAAAAAGGUGUGAAAAGAAGGGGGUUAAAAAAAAUAGGAGGAUAUAAUAAAAUUAAAGAAGAUAUUUAUUAUUAUAUAUUACUUCCUUUAAUAUAUAAAAAUAUUUAUGAUGAAUUUAAUAUUGAUAUUAAUAGAGGAAUAUUAUUACAUGGUCCACCAGGUUGUGGGAAGACAUAUAUUGCUUUAGCAAUAAAAGAAGAAUUAUUAUUAUUAAAAAAAAAAAUAAAUGAUGUAAAAUUAAAAAAUAAAAUAGAUUUUUUUACAAAUAUAAAAAGUAAGUUGGAUGAUGAAAACGAAAAAAAAGCAUUAAGUAAAGAAAAAAAGAGUUAUGAAAUAGAUUAUAAUGAUGACAUAAUUUUACCAGAAAUGGAAAUCUUAAAAAGUACUGAUUUAAUUGAUAACAAUAACAGUGGAGAAAAAAUAAAUGAGCUAUUUUUAAGAUGUUAUAAAAGGUACAAAGAAGAAAAAAAGUGCUCUAUUAUAUUUAUUGAUGAAAUAGAAAUAUUAUGUGAAAAAAGAGAAAAUUGCAAUAUAAAUUUGUAUACAUCUACUUUACUAAACAAUAUGGAUGGUAUUAAAAAACACACACACACUAUUUUAAUAGGAGCAACAAAUUAUAUUAAUCUAAUUGAUUUAGCUCUGAGAAGAAGUGGACGAUUUGAUAAAGAUAUUGAAAUAAAUAUUCCUAAUUUAAAAGAUAGAAUUUCUAUAUUUAAAAGUAAGUUAAGCAAAAUUAAUCAUAAUAUAAGUUUUAAAAAAAUAAAGGAAAUAGCGGAUUUAUGUCAAUCCUUUACGUGUGCAGAUAUUAAUGCAUUAAUUAAUGUAUCAAUGUUUAUAUAUUUAAAGGAGAAUAAUAUAAUAUCUCAUAAAAUUUUUAAAAAGUCUAUAAAAAAUUCUCAAAUAGACGAAGGAAAAGGAAAGAAAAUGCAUACCACAAAUAAUAAUGAAAAAGAACAAGUAAAUCAUUCAAUAAUAGAUGAACAUAUAAAAAAAAAUGAUGAUGAAAAUAAAUUUUCUAAAUUAUACAUUAAACAAAAAAAAAAAACUAAUUGUGAAGAAUUGAGUAUAGGAAAUUCUGAUAGUUUUACAAUAUUAUCUAAUGAAAAUAAAUAUACAUUAAGAUAUAAACAUUUAAUAAAAGGGUUAAAAUAUGUGAAACCUUCAGGAAUGAAAGAAUUAUAUGUGGAUAUUCCUAAAACUAGAAUUAAAGAUAUAGGUGGUUAUAAAUUUGUUAAAAGAUGUAUUAAAGAGUGUUUAAUAUAUCCAAAAAAAUAUGAACCAAUUUAUGAAAAAUAUAAUAUACUUAGUCCCAAAGGUAUAUUAUUAUAUGGACCUCCGGGAUGUUCUAAAACUUUAUUUGCUAAAGCAAUUGCUAGUGAAAUUAAUAUGAAUUUUAUAAGUGUAAAAGGACCUGAAAUAUUUUCUAAGUAUGUAGGAGAAUCAGAAAAGACCAUUAGAAAUAUUUUUAAGAAAGCUCGUGAAAAUAAUCCUUGCGUAAUUUUUUUUGAUGAAAUUGAUUCUAUUGCUAUGAAUAGAAAUAUAAAUCAAAAUUUUGUUUCUAACAGAGUUUUAUGUCAAUUAUUAAAUGAAAUUGAUGGAAUUUGUAAUAGAAUUGAUGUUAUUAUUUUAGCUGCCACUAAUAGACCUGAUCUUAUUGAUCCUGCAUUAUUAAGACCUGGAAGAUUUGAUAGAAUUAUUUAUGUCCCAUUACCAAAUUAUUCAUCAAGAUUUUCUAUCUUAAAAAAGACCUUAAAAUUUUAUAAAAUUAAUAAUAUGAUCAAUCAGAAAAAAGAGGUUUGCGAUAAUGAUAAUUUUUGUAAAAAUAUUAACAUUAAUGAAAAUUCUAACAUUGAUCUCAAUAUUGAAAGCAAAAUAGAAAAAAUUAGUGAAUAUGAUAAUGUUGGUAAAAAAAAAAUGAAAACUGAUAUUAUUGACAAUAGUGUAAAUUAUAUAUCUGAAAAAACCAAAAUAGAAAAAAGAGAAAAUGAAAAUAAUGAAAUUAAUAAUGAAAAACACUAUUUUGAUAUUGAUGUAGACAUUUACAAUAAUAUUGAUUUAAAAGAUGAUGAAAAACUCGAUGUUGAUUAUAGAAAAAAUAUGGAUGCUAUGGAAAAUUAUAACAGUAAUAAUUCUCACAAUUUAAAUAAAAACAAUGUGAAAAAAAUAAUAAAGAAAAGAAAAGAAAAAAAAAAUAAUAAUAAUAAUAAUAAUUAUGACAAUAAUUUUAUAGAGUUAUGUCAUUUUUUAGCUAAAAACACAAAAAAAUAUAGUGGAGCUGAAAUAGUAAAUAUUUGCAGAGAAGCAUCAAUAUGCGCUUUAAGAGAAACUUUGAAAAAAUACAAAAAUGAAAACCAUGAAAAAAAAGGAUCUUUUAAUAACAUUGAUUUUAUCGGUUUAAGAAAGGAGCAUUUUAUAAUGGUUUUAAAAAAAAUUAAACCUCAAACAAGUGAAAAACUUAUUAAUUUCUAUAAAAAUUAUAAUGAACAAAAAAAAUAUUAA